AUGGUAGUAAACGUGCAUCGCGAUCAAUGGCGAUAUGUAUUAUUCGUGGAUCAAAACGCACUAACGGGUCCCUUUAUGAUUGAUUUGAUCACACCACAUAUUGGUAUAAACAAAUACGAUCGUAUCGAUUUUGAUGUAAAUAAUCUAUCACCACCUCGACCAACUCGAGAUCAUGAACGACGUCGUUCACCUCGUCCACCACCUACUAUUCAACAAUCUUCACAUUCCAGGUAA